AUGCGGUUCAAAAUCCUAUCCAGCUUUUUCCUUGCCGCCGCCGCGGCCCUGGCUGCCUCUGGUCCGGUUAUCACCGCGCCAUCAAUCAUCGAGACCGGUGACAGCGUUAAAACUGGCGAGAUCGAGGAUCUAGUGCCAGCUUCAAUUCUGACUGCUUUGGCGACAGCAGCCCCAGCCUCAUGGUACAACGAUCGGAUGGACCUGGCCUCCCGCUCGUCGACUCCCACUACCGAUGCAGCUGACACCUACCCAGACUGGUACAACACGUUGCCUACCCGUGUCAAGGCUUGGGCUAUGGACUUCAACGAUAAGCUUGCCAAUGCCUUGACCUUUCUCAAGCCUUCUCAGACUGAGAUUGCUGACGUUAGUGUUGUUGACACCGACACCAGCAUCGCUAUCAGACAGACCUCUUUCGAUGCCGUUGCUUCCAAAACCCCGAUUGCCUUUGUUAUGGAUACCAACCCGUCUCUGAGUAUCCAAACUGCGGCCAGUAAUGAGACUUUCGAUAUUGGGGGUGUGCCCGACUCAAUUCUGACUGUUCUGGCAACUGGCGUCCCAGCCUCAUGGUACAAUAAUCUAAUGGAUCCCGCUUCCCUCUCCUCGAUCAUGAGCGAGGCUUCAGCUAGUGUUUAUCCCGAUUGGUACAAUGCGCUGCCUAGCAGCGUCAAGGCCUGGGUCACUGCCCAUCGCAUUGGUCAGCUCGGCGGCGACUCGGUAAUUACUCAUGGAAGUGCUAAGCAGAGUGAGACUGUUGGCGAGAGCGCCGUCAACACUGGCACUGGCACUGGCACUGGCACUAGCCUUAGCCAGGCCUCCUUCAAUGGCGUCCAGGUCACUGCAACCUCCCUCACUACAUCCACACCCGCUUCUGAAACCAGCUCCAGUUCCAGCUCCCAGUCUGCCUCCAUCUCUGCGUUGUAUACCCAUUUUUCCUCGGAGUUCACUGAUGGGGCCACUGCCGCUACCAGAUAUGUUGUUAUGGGCGUUGCUUGUGCAGCCGGUAUGCUCGCUAUUGCUCUUGCCCUGUAA